GUACAUUUUAAACACGUUGUUAAGUUUACCGAAGAACAUGGGAUAGUGAUUUACUUGUUUACCUGUUAGUAUGUUACGAUAUUUGAAGGAUGGUACUUAAAAAUAUGACAACCUACCAUCCUCAGUCACCGUCAGGUUUCCUGUGUACGCACUAAAUCUCGAGGUAUAUUAAUAGUUUACAAUAAUGUACAUUAUAGAAUAACUUAACACUGAAUAUUGUACAGAACAAAAUGAAUUUGUACCUAAUUGUUAUUUUCUUAAUUGGACAUUUAAUGUAUAGUUCAGUGCAGGCUAAUGGAAAUCGAUGCAUACAAUGUAUAGAUAUAAUACAUCAGUUCGUAAAUGUUUCAACAGAAUGUUCUACCAAAGUACCAUUAACCUCCUGCGAUAAUUCGACCAACGGAUGUGCUGAAUUCAAAGGAACUGCCGUUUUAGGGACAGGUCAAGCAACAGAUAGUGUCACUGUAAGAUUCCGCUACUGUUCAAUAGAUUCACUCACCCAUUGCUACAAUAUUACUCAAACCACCAACUUUACCAAUGAGCCAUCUGGUAUCAUUCCAGCAUUCAUAAGGAGACUGCCAGUUCUUAGAAGUAAAGGAAUUUUGUUAGGACAACCACAAGAGGCAGCUGGACAAAUAUGUAUAAAAGGAUUUUCAUCCCUCAAUGGGAAUAGCAGGCUAAUGCCAAAUGUUAUUUUCUUUAUACUAUCUUUCAUAUUUACUUUGAUAAAUGUAUGAACUAUUAAAUGACUUACCAAAUUAUAAUUAUGACCAAUUUUGUACUCACAUGAUUCAAGACGUCUUCCCGAGCACACAGAAUCACCACGACAUUUGGUUGGGAUAUUGUUGCUCAGUCUUGUGUAUUGGUUGUUUUUUCAUCAUUUUUUCUUUAUUGCCAUGCAUGGCAUUGUUAUUUUUUUUUUCGACCUAUGAGUUUAAAUAUUACUUAAUUUAG